UCUUGCUUAAAUAUGUCAUGGAAAAGGGCAUUAAUCAUAAAAAAACAAAAAAGUAUGCACAUGACAUAUGAUCUCAGGCUUACAGUAAAUACCUGAAUUAAUCAUGCUGAAACUUCUAUAUAAACUCGAGGUUAAGAAUUUGACUUUCCAUGUAUACACUAGGCUAUAUAUUAGAUUUUUCAAAUAGCCUAGUUUCUUUAAUCAAUAAAUAAAUUAAUGAAUUAAACGAUGCUUCAAGGUUCAGGGGCAUCGUUCAUGUUUGGCUUGGCAGUUGGGUCGAUCCCAAUGAUGUCAAUGGCCGUGUUUGGUUCUGCUAAUUGCUUCGAAAAGCCGAGACCACCGCCAACGGGUGGUGUUGCUACUGGUGGAGGAGAAAUUGCUUGUAGCAGUACUAGUACUAGUACAAGUACUGCUACUUCAAGAUCAAUUGGUAGUAGAAGAAGAAUGGGUAAUAAUGUUGAUGGUGGCAGGGGAAAAACUUGUCCCAGUGUUAUGCUUGUCAAGGAAAUACUUCCAUCACUUGUCCUGCGCUAGUCGAGGUGCAUGCAAGCUGGUCCAGACAUCACAAAAAAAUGAACGAUGUGUGCUUAGUUUGUGUGGAUUUCAAUAUGGAUGUGUGUAGAAUUCGUAUAGGUCUUUGCGCUAGCUGUGAUAUAUAUGUGUCUGUUUGUUCUGGUUAUGUGCUUUAGUCUUGACUUGUGAUCUAGCUUAGCACAUGUAACUUACUUUUAAUUUGGUUGUAUAUACAUUUACUUAAUAUUCUUG